UAUCUUCCAAGGCGAUUACAAAAGCAAAGUCGGCAUUGUCCAGGCACUUCUGCUAACAUAAACAAUAUACUUUCCUGAAGGCUAAGGGAAUGAGUAUUGAUGCACUCAAAACACGAAAUGAGAGAUAAACAUUGAUUGUGAAGAUGCUGCAGACGAAUGUUUCCAUGGAAACGACCCAUGGAGUUUUAGCUUAUUAUAGAGAAUUAGCAUCAAAAACUGUUACGGCCGUGCUGUUUAAAAUUGUCUUACAUUAUUAAACAGUGAAUCGAAUCAGUUAGAGUUUUCAGAUCUUGGGGUUACAUAGAUAUGCAGAGGUUGAAACAGUAUGGGGCUUGCUCGCUGUGGAAAAAUUGUCAAGUACUCAAUGUUUGUAAUCAACCUACUGACAUUUUUGGGUGGUUGUGGACUUCUUGGAUAUGGCAGCUAUUUGAAAGAUAACAACAUAUCCCUGUUUGGUAUACUGACAAUUAUUUUAGAGUUUGUGCAUCUAUCUUUACCAUGGAUAAUCAUAAUUACGGCGAUUGUCUGUAUCAUUGUCUCUUUCCUGGGCUGCUGUGGUGCCAUCAAGAAAAUAAGGGGCAUGUUGACAAUGCACUUUCUUCUUCUUCUUGCUUUGUUCCUAGCGUUAAUUGUGGGAGGAGUCCUGAGUUACCAAUAUAAAGAAACAAUAGAAUCAUCUAUUGUGUUGCAAAUGGAAACUUCUCUAAACAACUCAUACGGCGUGGAUAAUUUCGUAACUCAUGCGUGGGACCAGUUACAAUCCACACUUCAUUGUUGUGGAAUAGAAGGAAAUGAAAACUCGACUUACUCCUGGUCAUUUUAUAAGAAAUCCACAGACUGGUAUAAAAAUCAAGUAGGACGUCUACAAUAUGUACCUGAGAGCUGCUGUAAAUAUCCAGAUGAUACGAACAAUGUGACCAAAUGUAUAGGACUGCAGAACAGAUACAAGGCCCCGGUGAUGGGGCCUCCUGUCUCACUGACAAUGCAAAAUGACCAACUUUUUACUCAGGGAUGUUGGACAGUGCUUCUAAGUCUUAUAAUUAAUAAACUUUGGCUAGCCCUGAUACUAAUAACAGUUUCGGCUUCUCUCAUGUUAAUUGGAAUGAUAAUGUCCGUGUGUUUGUGCAAAAGAAUAGAGGAACAGAUUUACGAAGAGGAUGAGGACAGGUUUCAAGAAUUCAUUUUGUCAUAA